CCGUUGGUUUGUGUGUGUUUUUAAAAUGGGAAAAUCAAGAGAAGCAAAGUGACCAUCACACGUGUGUCCAGGUCGCACUUCAUGGUCAUAAUCCAGGGCGUUCCAAUGUGCCCCACCAAUUUCAGUUGCUAGGAAGAACUUGGAUCCGACAACUGUUCUGUAAUAGAUAUCUUUUCGUAAAACCAUUUUCCAACUCAUGACAGCAGCAUGGCUUUCUCAUCACGGUUUGCAUUUUGGGAGAAAAAGGUUAAGGAGGAAAAAUCUUUGGAUAAGAAAAAGUCAGUGCCUGUUCUCCAAGUGGGAUCUCUUGAUGAAGACCAACAACCAAAUUUUGAACAAUCUUCAGAAAAUGGUGAAAAUACUCAUGCAGUGAAUGACAGGGAGCGGAUGAUCAGCAGUCCACAACCAGAGAUAAAUGGUGAAAAUGAAAGUUCAACUGGACAAUUUGGAAGCAAGUUUAACAUACAAGAGGAAGUAAAGCAAGAUAUGAAUACUGAGAGCCAGACUGAGUUGCUUCAUGAGGACCAGGGAGUUCCUCAUAAGAAAGUGGUCAAAGUGGCUAAGAAAGUGAUGCAGAAGGUUUUAGAUGAAAUAGACUCUAAGGGAAAGAUGAAAGAGACAAAAUCUACAAAGCAACCAAAGGAAAACAAAGCAGAUACCAAACCAGUUUUGGAAACAACGGGACCAUCAAAAAUGGUGAACAGCAAGACUGCGCCACAAGUUAAGAAAAAAGUUCCUGUUGCUGCCAAAGUAGAACCAGCAACUCCAACAAAGAAAACAACAAUUAAAGAUGAUAUUUCAGUGGGAUUGGCUAACCUAAUGACACGAGGAAAAUCAAAAGAUCACAAACCUCGGCGAGUCCCAGAGAAGGAGGACGUUUCCGAGACUUGUCUGAAUGAUUUGCUGAACAAAAGAUCAGCUUCACCUCCUUUGGAACAAUUUGAAAUGCAACCAGACAAACCACACCAGCAACAAAUGGUUAAAGGCGAGGAGAAAGUACUUCUCAAUGAACAACAAAUAUCUGAUCAGGAAAAGUCGCCCUCACCUAUUAUUGAAGAGCCUCUACCAGAUUUUACAAAGCAGGUCCAAAGAAUAACUCAACAAAUGACCUCAGUGGACAAAGCUCAGAUGACACUGGAGAGAAUCUUCUGUACUUCUCCGGAACCUGUGGUCCCAUCUACUCAGAGCCUUGUUCCCUCUCAGGAUUCCUACGCUCGCUCCAACGAUCUCGCACAGGCAGGUGUCUGCGUCUGGGUUGGUGUCUGUGCCCGUGUGUCAUGCUGGACUCUGAAGACCGAGGAGCAGAUUGCUGUAGAGCAAGCCUGGUAUGAGGCAGAUAAGGUGUGGCUGGCCCACAAAGAUGGAUUUUCAUUAGGUACUCAGUUAAAGGCUGAUGCUGAAGAAACCAGCCUCCCUGACGGCAAAGUGAAAGUUAAACUGGACCACGAUGGAAAAAUACUGGAUGUGGAUGAAGAUGAUGUGGAGAAGGCAAAUCCACCAACUUAUGACCGAGUGGAAGAUCUGGCUUCCCUGUUAUAUCUCAAUGAGUCCAGUGUUCUGCACACAUUACGCCAACGCUACGGCGGUAACCUAAUCCACACAUUUGCAGGGCCAAACAUGGUUGUGGUGAAUCCGCUCAGCUCUCCUUCAAUGUACUCUGAAAAGGUUAUGCACAUGUUUAAAGGUUGUCGCAGGGAAGAUACUUCUCCGCAUGUGUAUGCCGUUGCACAAGCUGCAUAUCGAAACUUGCUUACCACGCGGCAGGACCAAUCCAUUGUUCUUUUGGGACGAACUGGCAGUGGGAAAACCACAAACAGUCAGCACCUCGUUCAGUACCUCGUCACAAUUGCGGGCAGCACAGGAAAGUUCAUCACCGUGGAAAAAUGGCAGGCUGUGUAUUCUAUUUUGGAGGCUUUUGGUAACAGCAGUACAAGUAUGAAUGUCAAUGCCACUCGCUUCUCACAGAUCAUCUCGCUCGACUUUGAUCAGACUGGUCAGGUGGCUUCAGCUUCUGUACAGACUAUGCUUUUGGAGAAGCUCAGGGUUGCUAAACGCCCAGAGAACGAAGGAACAUUCAAUGUGUUCUAUUAUCUGUUGGCUGGAGCCGACAGUACUCUCAGAACUGAGCUUCACCUGAAUCACUUUGCAGAAAACAGUUUGUUUGGAAUUACACCAUUAUCAAAGCCUGAAGAGAAACAGAAGGCAGCUCAACAAUUUAACAAACUCCAGGUUGCUAUGAAAGUACUGGGAAUUUCAGUUGAUGAACAAAAAGCAUUCUGGCAUAUCUUGGGCGCCAUCUACCACUUGGGGGCAGCAGGAGCCACGAAAGAUGGUGAUGAAGCUGGGAGAAGGCAGUUUGCCAGACAUGAGUGGGCGCAGAAAGCAGCCUACCUGCUAGGUUGCAGCCUGGAAGAACUGUCCUCCUCUAUUUUCAAGCACCAGCUAAAGGGCACGCUGCCAAGAUCACCUUCCAUUCGGCAAGGAUCAGAUGAGAGUGGACAGGGAGAUGGUUCAGGGCCUAAGAUAGCUGCGAUGGAUUGUCUACAGGGGAUUGCAUCCAGUUUAUAUGGAGAGUUGUUCGUGUUGCUAAUCUCACUCAUUAACAGGGCCCUUAAAUCAACUUUGCACUCGUUUUGCUCAAUAAUGAUCGUGGACACCCCUGGAUUUCAAAAUCCACAGAGCACAAACCAUGACAGAGCUGGAACGUUUGAAGAACUCUGCCAUAAUUAUGCACAAGAACGUCUACAGACUCUGUUCUAUGAGCGAACGUUUUUGCAAGAGAUGGAUCGAUAUAAAGAGGAAAAUAUAGAGCUUGCAUUAGAUGACAUAGAAUCCAGUUCUUCUUUCUCUGUAGCUGCCAUAGAGCAAGCCUCUCAUCAGGCACUGGUUCGAACGUUGGCCAGAACAGAUGAAGCAAGAGGUUUGCUUUGGCUGCUAGACGAAGAAGCUCUGCAGCUUGGGGGGAGUGAGAACACUCUUUUAGAACGACUGUUUACAUACUAUGGCCCACAGGAAGGAGACAAGAAAGGCCAGAGUCCGUUAUUGAAAAGCAACAAACCUCAUCAUUUCAUCCUUGGACACAGUCAUAAUACUAACUGGGUGGAGUAUGACACAACAGGAUGGUUGAACCAUGCAAAGCAAAACCCUGCUGCUCAGAAUGCUGCAUCCUUGUUGCAGGAUUCACAAAAGAAAAUAAUCAGCAAUCUAUUUAUGGGCAGGGCCGGAUCAGCCACUGUAUUGUCUGGGUCAAUUGCUGGCCUAGAUGGUGGGUCACAGCUUACCUUACGGCGGGCCACCAGUAUGCGAAAGACUUUCACGACUGGUGUGGCUGCUGUGAAGAAGAAAUCAUCUUGUAUCCAGAUCAAACUCCAAGUGGAUGCUCUGAUUGAUACAGUUAAGAAGUCUAAGAUUCAUUUUGUCCACUGUUUGGUGCCCAAAGCAGAUGCCUUUAUUGAAACAAAGGUGUCUCCAACUCCUCCUCUCAAGACUGAUACAGAGUCCCAGGCAGAGAACAUGGAGGCAGGUUUAAUGCAACUGAACGUACCGCUGCUUCGAGCCCAGAUUAGGGGCUGCAAACUUCUUGAUGCACUUAGAAUAUACCGACAAGGUUAUCCGGAUCACAUGGUCUUUUCUGAGUUCAGGCGCCGCUUUGAUGUCCUUGCACCGCAUCUAACCAAGAAACAUGGGCGCAAUUACAUUGUCACAGAUGAAAAACGGGCAGUGGAAGAGCUUCUGGAGUCCCUGGAUUUGGAGAAGAGCAGUUAUCACAUGGGCCUUAGUCGGGUGUUUUUCAGAGCAGGAUCUCUCGCUAAAUUGGAAGAGCAGAGAGAUGAACAGACCAGAAGGAACAUCACACUUUUCCAGGCAGCUUGCAGAGGGUACCUUGCACGGCAAUAUUUCAAGAAGAGAAAGAUUCAGGAACUAGCUAUCCGGUGUAUUCAGAAGAACAUAAAGAAGAAUAAAGGGGUCAAGAAUUGGCAUUGGUGGAAGUUGUUCACGACAGUUCGGCCAUUGAUUGAAGUUCAGUUGACAGAGGAACAGAUACGAGGCAAAGAUGAGGAGAUUCAGCAGCUACGCAGCAAAGUAGAGAAAUUUGAAAAAGAGCGCAACGAGCUGCGACUGAACAACGACCGUUUGGAGAGCAGGAUUGGAGAGCUGACAUCAGAGUUAACAGAUGAAAGGAACACAGGGGAAUCAGCGUCCCAGCUAUUAGAAACCGAAGCAGCAGAAAGACUUCGGUUGGAGAAAGAAAUGAAAGAGUUGCAGGCUAAAUAUGAUGUGGCGAAGAAGGAAAUGAGUUCUAUGGAAAUGGAAGUAAUGGAAGCUCGACUUAUCAGAGCUGCGGAGCUGAAUGGAGAAUUGGAUGAUGAUGAUGACUCGAGUGGAGAAUGGCGAAUGAAAUACGAGCGUGCAAUGCGAGAGAUUGAUUUUACCAAAAAGCGAAUGCAACAAGAAUUUGAGGAUAAGUUGGAAGUUGAACUGCAGACCAAAAGACAAUUGGAGCGAAAAUUUACAGAUUUGCAAGCUGAUGGUGAGGAAGCGCAGCGCAGUAUCCAACAAUUGAAAAAGAAAUGCCAGCGGCUAACAGCAGAAUUGCAAGACACCAAGUUACACCUGGAAGGACAACGGCGCAACCAUGAUUUGGAAAAGAAACAGCGAAAGUUUGACAGUGAGUUGUCUCAGGCACACGAGGAAGUUCAAAGAGAGAAGACCCAAAAAGAGAAGCUGAGCAGAGAGAAAGAUGCAUUAAUAGCGGACCUGUUCAGCUUGAAACAGCAACUGGAUGACAAAGACUGUGAGAUCAUUUCUGCAAAUCAAAAGUUAGAACGCCUGGAAGCAGAACUGCAGGAUUUGUCCUCGCAAGAAUCUAAGGAUGAGGCCUCACUUGCUAAGGUGAAGAAGCAGGUGCGCGAACUAGAGGCCAAGACAAAGGAUCAGGAAGAGGAGCUUGAUGAGCAGGCUGGCACAAUCCAGAUGCUGGAACAGGCCAAGCUUCGAUUGGAAAUGGAAAUGGAGAGAUACAGACAUACUCAAUCAAAAGAGCUAGAAAACAAAGAUGAGGAGGUGGAGAUUCGACAGUCUUGUCAGAAGAAGCUAAAACAUUUUGAACUACAGUUAGAGGAAGAGUAUGAAGAAAAACAGAAAAUUCUGAGGGAAAAGAGAGAUAUGGAGAGCAAAUUAUCAUCAAUGAGUGAGCAGAUCAGCGAACGAGAUUUUGAAACUGAAAAGAGAUUGCGGAAGGACCUCAGACGUACAAAAGCACUUUUGGCUGAUGCACAGUUAAUGCUGGAUCACCUCAAGAACAAUGUACCAAGCAAACGGGAAAUAGCGCAAUUGAAAAACCAGCUUGAAGAGUCAGAGUUCACCUGUGCAGCAGCUGUCAAAGCACGGAAAGCAAUGGAGGUUGAAAUUGAAGAUUUGCACCUUCAGAUUGAGGAUAUCUGUAAGGCCAAAGUUGCGUUGGAAGAGCAGGUGAGUCGGCUCCAACGUGAGAAAAAUGAGCUUCAGAGCCGUAACGAGGAGGAUCAGGAGGAUAUGAAUGAACUCAUGAAGAAACAUAAGUCUGUAGUUGCCCAGUCAUCCAGGGACCUGGCCCAGAUCAAUGAGCUGCAGUCUCAACUUGAGGAAUCCAGUAAAGAGAAACAGGAAUUGCAGGAAAAGUUACAAGGAUUACAGAGUCAGCUGGAGUUUACAGAGCAGUCCAUGGUGGAUAAAUCCUUGGUGAGCAGGCAAGAAGCCAAAAUUCGUGAGCUGGAAACCAAACUGGAAUAUGAGAGGACUCAGAUCAAACGACUUGAGAGUUUAGUCGGUCGUCUCAAGGAAAACUUGGAAAAGCUGUCAGAAGAAAGGGAUCAGAGGGGGGCUGGAGAGAAUCGGGAGAAGGAGCAAAAUAAGAGGUUGCAACGGCAGCUCCGAGAUGUGAAGGAAGAAAUGGGGGAGCUCAGCAAGAAAGAAAUAGAGGCGACACGGAAGAAACAUGAACUAGAAAUGGAUAUUGAGAGUCUUGAAGCAGCAAAUCAAAGCUUACAGGCUGACCUUAAACUGGCCUUUAAAAGAAUUGGAGACCUGCAAGCAGCAAUUGAAGAUGAGAUGGAAAGUGAUGAAAAUGAAGAUCUGAUUAACAGUGAAGGUGAUUCAGACACAGACUCUGAAGUGGAAAAUCGUGUGGAUGAUGUCAAAUCCUGGCUGUCAAAGAACAAGGGCUCGUCCAAAACAUUUUCAGAUGAUGGAAGCUUAAAAAGCUCAAGCCCUCGUACAUAUCGGCAGCACAUCUCUGUUCUCAACUCUGAUGAUGAACUGGACACUUUGGAAAGCACCCACAAGACCAGGGUCUCUACCAAUCGACGGCAACCAGACUGUGACGGUGAUGCCAAAAUCUUGGAAUCAAAUGGAUAAUGGCAUUUGUGACUGUUUUAGAUUAACGAAAGCUCAGCCAGAGACUGAAUAUUUUGGAGUAACACUGCAGUGUUAGGCAAAACCAUAUGGAAAUGCAAGCUGGCUGAAUAAAUACAAGCAUUUCUCCGUAUUUUUUCACCUUGGUGAUAGAUUUGCAUGGUAUUGAAGUCUGUAUUUACUUUAAAUUUAAAUUAUCUCCUGCGUAAAUAUACUAUUUGAGUAUUCCUAGCCUGUUAAUAGUGUGGACAAUGCUGCUGAUGCCGAAAGAGUUGAAACCCAGAAAUAUAAGGGUUUGAUUUUGUUUUUCUAUGGGCAUGGCAGAAUGUUCUUACCAGUGCCUGCUGUCAAAAUCCAAUUUAAACUCAUCAUCUCUGGUUGGGGGUCAAGGAUGCCACUGUGCAUUUUCAUAUAAUUAUUUUUACCUGAGCCAAAGAUUAGCUUUUUAUUUAGCUGCUAUCGACUGGAAGUAUAAGCGACUACAAUGAUAGCAAAAUAACAGAACUCUUUGGCUUAAACCUUUGGCUUGUUUUCCUUUAUUUUGAGGUGUGUGUGCAUUUGGUAAUGCUUUUUUUUUCCGCCCAGAAAUGAAGUUGGCGUGGGUGUUGAUAGUUUGCUGACGCCUAUACUCUUACACAUUCUGUUUAUCUUGUAUUUUGAAAAGUGCGAGAUGCAUUUUGUGAACAUUGUACCUUUGCUGUUCUUUACGAUAUGAACUGAAACAAUAAAACAAAUCGCUAAUCAGUUGUAUAUUUAAUCAACAAUAGUCGAUUUAUAUUCCAAAAGGUGGGGGGGGGGGAAAUAAAAUCGAGGGAAGGGGAGACGAAAAUGGGUUUAGAGGUAAUUGCUGUGUGUCAGUAUAUAAGUGAUCGAUUUACAAUUUUCUUCACGGUUGUACAUCACCUUCUCUACAUAUAACCAAUGCAGCAAAUAAACAAACAAUCAAAUGGUUCUAAUUUGAAUUAGAUCACACUAUAAAUCAUAUCUUUAGCAAUUUAUAAAAAAAAUCUUUGUAGGUCUGCAAGUAGCAAGGGCAAAGAAAUUGCUUGAGGCCUAUGCAGACACUGUAAAACCAAUGGCUCUCUUCACUCCUAUCCAUUAGAAUUCCUUUUACUCUCUGAAGAACAACAGUCCACUCGCACAGAAUUGUUGACUUUGAUUAAGGAUAUGCUGUAUAUAAAACCAGCUCUAUUAGUGUUUGUUUAUUGACCCACUUAUAGUGAUCAGUGAAAUGAAGGCUUGCGCUUCAAUAAAUUCAGUAACCACAACUAUUUUGACAUGACCCAGGCUUCAUUUUUCAUAAAGUUACAUGGAGUGUUGAAAAGGACCAUCUGGAAGACUAAGACACUGCUAACAAUGUAAUCCAUAGAAAGUGAACUGCAAAAUUUUAUUUUGAUAGUUUUCCAAAUAAGUUUCCUUGAAUGCAUAGUGACGCAUCAUGUCAUAAUAUUGAAUAUGAAGUUUGAAUGAAGAUCUAUUCUUCAGUAUGCAACUGUGCACUUUUCAAGAAUGUAGACUAUGAAAUUGUCCUUGGUCAGUAUAGAUAACAGAAGUGAACAAUUUGGGGAUGUUGCAGUUUUUCCAAUAUAUUUGUACUGUGGUGUUAUUGAGAUGGUACUGUUUUCAUUAAGUCAUAAUAUAACUGAUGUAUAAAAUCCUACUCUGCCGCUAAUUUGCAAAUUGAAUUCAUGAUAUCAAAAUUUGUUGCUCCAGCUUCAAAGCAUUUUCUCCGAGUUUUAAGUGAAACCAAUUGAUGACAUUUCAAAACCAGGUGAGCAAAUGUGUAAGGUGAGGAUGGUCUGAAGUGCUUUCGAAGACAGAAAACUUGCAAAGGCGGUAUUGUCCUCCAUUAUGUUGUAUUUUUUGGUGACUAUUUAUGUGAUAAAAUAAACUCUUGGGUUGUCUUAGAAA